GAAAAAAGUUCCCUUCCUCUGCGCAAGCAGUCGAUUCCAAAUCCAAAUCGCAACCCUGUUUAAUGGUCGCUGUUCUUUUCGGAAAGAUCUUUUUGCCUAUUCAUCAUGUUGUCAGCAUCUAAGAUCAUCAAGCCAGCUGGUGAGAAGCCCGACGAGUUUGAAAACUCGAUCGCCCAUGCUCUCCUCGAUUUGGAGCUCAAUUCAGACCUGAAGGCUCAACUUCGUGAGCUUCACAUUACGGCCGCGAAGGAGGUUGAUGUUGGCGGUAAGAAAGCCGUCAUCAUCUUCGUUCCAGUGCCCCAGCUCAGGUCUUUCCAAAAGAUCCAAACCCGUCUUGUUCGCGAGCUCGAAAAGAAGUUCUCUGGCAAACAUGUUGUUUUCAUUGCUCAGAGGAGAAUUCUUCCCAAGCCCACACGCAAGACCAAGCUGCGCAACAAACAGAAGCGUCCUUUCAGUCGCACUUUGACAUCUGUGCAUGAUUCGAUCCUUGAGGACUUGGUCUACCCAGCUGAAAUUGUUGGCAAGAGGAUUCGUAUCAGACUGGAUGCCACACGCUUGAUCAAGGUUCACUUGGACAAGAAUCAGCAGACCAACAUUGAACAUAAAGUUGAGACAUUUGCUGCUAUUUACAAGAGGUUGACUGGAAAGGAAGUUACAUUUGAAUUUCCUGAAGCCUAUUUGUAAAACAUUCUUGGGCUGUUGUCUCCUGUUGCUGUGGGUAUUAAAUAAUACACCUUAAGUAACACCCACAAAAAUUGCCAUCAUUUUAAUUUAAAUAAGGGGAACAUUUAAAAGUAAUUGAUUCUGUAGAAAUCAUGAACUUUAAGUUUUCUAAAUAAAUAGUUGUCAAAUUUAAUAAUA